GGCACUGUCAGUAGAGGAUCAGGAUCUAUAUGGGGUAAUUAGUACCAUCUAGUGUCUGUUACUCCCAUACGUCCUCCUAGUAUAUGCGUAUCAUUCCACUCCAUCAGGCUAUAAUACCGCCUCGUCCCAGGCUGUCGGUGUGGUGGCCGAGGAGAGCGGCCCACUGAUUAUCUGGAAUACACUACACCCUACUCAGUUUACGUUGCUGACGACGUCACGACAUGGCGUCCGCACCGGAUCUCGAAAAACCGAGUCUUCCCUUCCCCGUUCGAAAGAAAACGCCGAGGGAAUUGACUGUGAUUCUGCCUGUGCUUGUAUUUAUGCUGGCGACGCUGGGACUGACCAGUGCCUUCAACCUGGAUACCAAUCUGGCCCGAGUGCUAACCGGACCGAACAGGACUCACUUCGGGUACUCGGUGGCUCUGUGGGCGGAUGCCAGGAACAAGUACAGGCUGGUCGUGGGGGCGCCCAAAGGAAAGAACUCCACUGAUGCAAAUGGUACAAUACCUCUCGGAAACGUACACCUGUGUGACCCCUUCGCUGCAGACUGCCCCGCUUACCUGCGACUGCCGAAGCUCUCUAGCGAAGACGCGAGCGAGCCGGCGAUUUCGGAAGGCGGUUUGCGCGCGCAAGGCAUCGGAUUCGGGGAGGCCGUUUUCGCCACGGAUUCUGCGAGCUCCAAGCUGGCGGUCUGCGCCCCCAGAUACCCGAGGAAAGCCACCUCCUACACAGCGCUUCAGCCUCGAGGAGCCUGUUUCGUGCUGCAAGAUGACAGCGGGGCGUUUGUCAAAGUCCUUCCUUAUUCUGAGGAAUGUUACUACCAUCAGGUUUGCUUCAAGAACACAAAUGUCUACACGGGAUACGCGCUACACGGCUUCAGCGUAACCAUGAGCGAGGAUCAGAGGAAUAUCUAUAUGGGAGGACCCUACGCCUUCUAUGCACAAGGUCAGAUCGCCCGCGGGAAAACGGGUGACGGGCUCGUCAACACCUUCAACAAGAAAACCUACGGCGUCGCGUCGCUGGACUACACCCUGGAGGGCUGGGCGAUCGCGAUCGGGCAGUUCGAUGGCCGCCAGUACUCCGUGGCCGCGUCGACUCCCGCCUGGAGUAACUCUAGGGGGAUGGUAUGGUUCUACAACAACCGUCUGUCUUCACGUUCCUUAGUCAGCGUGUUCGGCGAGAAAAACGGCGACAGCUUCGGCUACAGUCUGGCUGCGGGAGACGUGGAUGGCGACGGCGCGACAGAUCUCGUGGUCGGGGCGCCACUCGCUCAGGCACCCAACCAGAUGCUCGACCACGGCAGGGUGUACGUGCACUAUGCGCCGACGAACAAGGUGUCCAAGAGACCGAGAUUGGUGCUCGUCGGGAAAGAAGCCUGGGGUCGAUUUGGUCACGCGGUCAGCUGUCCCGGAGACCUUAACCAGGAUGGCUACGAUGAUGUGGCAAUCGGGGCUCCCUUUAGCGACGAGGGCGGAGUCGUGUACAUCUACAACGGCGGAGCGAACGGCUUGCGGGCUGAGUACUCGCAGAAAAUCGCCGCAUCUCAAUUCUUGGCCGGACUUCGCAGCUUCGGCUUCAGCAUCGACGGUGGCAUAGACGUCGACAGCAAUGGCCAUCCUGACUUGAUCAUCGGCUCACCGGAAUCGGACGCCGCUGUCUUCAUCCGAACUGCCCCUGUGGUGAACCUGGUGGGCAGCAUCGAGGUGGAGCCGAGAGUCAUCGCAAUGGGCAACAAGUCAUGCAGCGUUGGGGGCCAAGAUGUUGCAUGCUUCAACAUCACCGUCAACAUGCAACACAGGACCAAAAACGUGUCGCGGAGUUUACCGAUGGUGUUUUCGAUCGACUUGGAUUCUAAGUACAGGAGAUUCGCCUUUGUGGAGGGUGAUGCUUAUCGGUUGAUCGUCCAGCAUGACGUAAGGAGUGUUACCGACAACAUGCUUUCGUUGUCCAAGGUGGCUUAUGUGAAGGAAGGUCGGCCUCGCCUGGACGUCCCGCUCCUGGUCAGCGCCAACGUCAGCCUCGCCCCCGUCAGCGAGCCUCCGCACAUCCCACCGGGUCGCAGUCAGGUCCCCAUCGUCCUCGACCUCCUGCGUCCCCCGGUGUUCGAGGCCCGAGCGAGGCUGGAGUGCGAGGAUAUCACCACCUGUUACUCGAAGCCCGACCUCAUCCUUGAGCCUAGGCCCAAGGAGCUGUUGAUUCAGGAGGGUAACAUGGAGAUCGAGGUCAUGCUUCAGGUACUCCAAGCCACAGCCUACUCGGUCACCCUCGAAGCCACGUAUCCAUCCGUUCUCACGUUCUCGCAUGUAUCCGGCACUCGCUUUCUGCCCAAGUGUCGCGAAUCUCUCUACGUAUCAGAGCGGACUCAAGCCAAGCAGAUCUGCACUUACAAUGAACUCGGAAAGAAUCUUAGGGUGAGCAUGUUCUUCCACUUCGAGUACAAUCCUCUGACCUUACUCGUCUACGAAGAGCGGCGCCUCAACGUGAGUUUUGUGGCUGCCAGUGAAAUCCCCGACAGGAAUGAAGAGGAUAAUUCCGUCACUCUCUCCGUGCCUGUUGUGUCUCGGGUCGACUUGUACACUGAGGGAGUCUCAGCCCCGGAUAAUGUGGAAGCCCGGAUUAACGAGACCCUCAGCCUCCGGGAGAUAGUGAACGUGUCUAAGGCAGCCAUCAACCGGACGCAGAUCGGGCCGGAGACCACGCACCGCUUCACCGUCACCAACAGGGGUCCGUCGCCGCUCUUGGCCGCUAAGAUAGAGAUCCGCGUGCCCCUCGAAGCGUCCAACGGCUGGCCUCUCCUGUACCUGGUGGAGAGCCCCGUCAUGUCCCCUUCGCUCACGUGCUCCUCCGUCCCGCUGAAUCCCAAGAAGUUUAAUCUCACUUCAGACAGAGGCAGGAACAACGACGCAUCCUUAGCACAGGGACAAAGUAGUCUCGCCACGCCCAUACCUACCAAGGCCGCGCCCACAGACACCGAGACCCCGCCCACACCUACAGAGACCCCGCCUCCGCCUACGAGCCAAGGGAGGUCGAAGCGCGAGGUGGGGAACCCGGCGGACGGCGACGAAGGCGGUGACGAGGACGACGACCCUGAAGGGACGACGCCGCCGCUCUCGCCUCCGACGUCGCUGCCAGACGAAGAUGAGGGCGCGAGGACCCCCGCUUCAGGAGACCAGAAUCAGCAGGCAAAGGCGUCAGUAUGAG